AGCUUUUUUUCUGCACAGUUUUUUUUUCUUUAAAACCACAACAGAACAUUGUUCUUUGUUUUCUUUCUGGAAUACUACGAAGAGGUAGACGUGACGCGUUUGAGGCGAAUAAUAACUAUAACGAUAGCAACGGCACACCCAGACUACAAGCCGCAGCAAAGCGGCGAAACCGUCCCACUCGAAGCUCUAGAGUAUUCUCAACAGUAAUAUUAGUUAAAAAGGGAUUUGCGUAUUUCGCUUUACGGCGAUGUCGGCUUUGAUUCGCGAUCGGCAAAUGCGUCGCCUCGCUCUCACCGUCGCGGCUGCGCUUCUGCUGUGCCUUCUCCCCUCUCGUGCCGACCAGCCGCCUUGCCAGGUGCCGAACUGUCGCACCUGUGCCGCAGACAACGAGUUCUUCUGUGAGGUCUGCAGCAGGCCAGAGUUCAUUCACGCCAACGGGCAGUGCUCGCCUCGCGGGACGUGCAGCAUCACGGCGUGCGAGAAGUGCGAGGAAGGCACCAUUAGCCGGUGUCAGACGUGCGAGCCCGGCUACGUGCGCGCCGUCAACGGCCUCUGUGCGUCUCUCGUCGAGUGUGAAAUGGACAAGUGCACCUCGAGGGAGGAACUGCGCGAUCGAAUUGCCCAGACAACGGUGCAGUGUAGCGUAGCAGACACAGUAAAGGAGAAGGGAGUGUACGUGUGCGUGGCCUCGAAAGGUGGCGGCGGAUCUGUCGCCGCUGGCUCUUUUUGGCAACGCGCGCCGUGGUGGCUCUACGCGACUGUCACGACCGGCGCGGCAGUGGGACUCGGCUCUUGGAUUGUGUCUCGUCGACGCAGUAAAGCUUAG